UAAUAAUCAGGAAAUAGCCAACGCUGCGUGGCGCGUAUAUCCAAAAUUGUGCUGCUUCACAUAUUUUUCUAACCGUUAAAUUUUCCCCCAAAAUUUUCUACACAGAACGGCGCCGGCUACGUGUGCGAUUCUUCACGGCCGACAAAGUCAUGGCUAUAAUCGCCGGUAAGGACGGCAAGCUAUGCUUUUCGUUUACGCUUCCGUUCCGAAAGUCUUCCCCGUCUUCUUUUAAUGGUUCAUCACUAGAACAUCGUCAGCCUCACAGUCAGAGGCAGCGUCAAGUUCAGAUUCUGUCGUGCGCUAGCGUAGUGUCCUCCCUAGCGCGAUCUCUUCUCCCUAUACCUUGUCCUUUGAAGCUCGACCCGGCAAAGAAGCUGUACUUCCCAUAUGAACCUGGAAAACAAGUUCGAAGUGCUGUUAAGAUUAAAAAUACAACCAAGUCCCAUGUAGCUUUCAAGUUCCAAACAACUGAACCAAAAAGCUGUUUCAUGCGACCUCCCGGGGCUGUUCUCGCUCCUGGCAACAGUUUAAUAGCAACAGAGCACGUUGAUUCUGUGGAUGGAAGUGACGCCUUUGAAGAUGGAUUUAUGGAUGAACGAACUGGAGGAGAACCAAAAGAGAUUGAAGGAAACAUUCGAGAGGAAUCAACAACGAAAUCAACAACAGAUGAAGGAGAUGCUUAAGACGAUGCAGGCAACGAUCGCGAAAUUGGCAGAGCAACAUCAAAGUCGUUCGCGAAGUGGAUCACAUGCCUCCUCUGCUUCGCAUCGCUCCUUGCACAGUACCUCACACCAUAGUCAUCGUUCGUCGCUAUCGCGCACAGGUUCGCAGUCAGAGUCGCGAACUACUUCCCAUGGCUCGCAAUCGCGAACUUCAGGUUACUGUUCACAGUCGCGAAACAGAUCGCAUAUGUCGCACACUUUGCACCAUUCAAAUCCUUCUUCGUAUAGCUCUUCGCAAAGUUCUUCGCAGGCAGAUUCGCGAAAGGUUUCUUCGCAGAGUUAUUUCCCUCCCACUCAGAGUUCGCCUCCUUCGUCUAAAGUCUCUUCUCGGAAUUCAGCUAGGUCAAAGACGGAGGAAUUACCUCUAUUCCACGAGGUUAAAGCGUACGCAUGGAUAGAGAGGAUGGAAAGAUAUUUCCGAGUCCAAGCUAUUGCAGAAAGAUUUAAAGUGGACCUUGCAGCAAAGGCAAUAGCAGAAGCUGCAGAUGGCUGGUUUCAAUGGUGGGAUUUUCAAAAGAGAGAAGAUAGUUGGGAGGCUUUAAAGGAAGAUUUGAUCAGGGAUUUUCCACCUAGAUACCAGCAGAAGACAUGGAAGACAGCAAAACCAGAGUCAUCGAGGUCUUUGCAUAUCUCUUCGCAUAGCUCUUCUCAUAGCUCUUCGCAUCAACAUUCAAAAAAAUUGUUGCAAGUAGGAGCUCUCACCUCGCAAUCGCCAGUUCUGUCAAAAGUUAAUUCUCAAUCUGCACAAGAUUUUUCCCAGUCAAUAAAGAAGAUUAUGAUGGAGACAAAUGAAUCUGUAAUCAAGAAAGUGAACAAGAGAGAUGAAAUCAAGGAGAAAAGACCAGUUAGUCCAUGGCCAGAUUAUGUUUCUUUUAAACUUGCAGAGGAUGUGGAUUUAAAUUCCAGCCAAGUUUCGGUUACUGACAAGCUUAUCCAACCAUGUUCCUUUGGAACUAGAGUUCUAAUGAUUUCAGAAACUAGUACAGAGGCUCAGGAGGAGGAGGUUGAGACCUUUUCAGGAGAAUCUGCUAUUAUAUGGGGAAACCACUCACAGAUUCAGGUUGAUGACAAGCCAGGGGUUGAGAGCAUGUUAGGCUACUCCCAGCUUGUCUUACAUGAUUCAUUUAAAGCACCUGGAAAUUAUCUCAUGUUGGAAGAUAUCUCUACAAAGACAGCUCUAUUCUUUCCUGAUGUUUUUGAAUUCAUCACAAGGUUAAUACAGAGAAUGACCCUUAAGAACUACCAGCUAGCUCUAGGCGAAGUUGUGGAUACAUCAAAAUUAUCAAAGAAUCUCUAUGGUGAUCCGUUCCAUUCUAUGGCAAGAUUUUCUGGAAUGCCAGGAAUUGUUAUUUCUUCUGAAUUUGCAUUGGAGCUUCCUGAUUUUCAGCUGAUGGGUGCAUUAUACAAAGAAACAAAGCCUAAUCUUAAAGUUGACAGCAAGGUGUGCAGUAUAAUGGAACAAAUGUUACUUCGGGGUCAUGAUGGGGAAAUACAAUUGGAGAUUGUUGAAGUCUUAAAUUCAGAAAGAGAAAUACAGCAUGACUCAAGUUCUCUUAAACUUUCUUCUGACCUGAGUGAGGAUGAAGUUUGGUAUGAGCUAUUCAGUGUGAAGUCUCACUCAAGAGAUAGGAUGAAAUCAGAGGCAAAUACUGUGCUAAGGCUGAUCAAGAAUUUUCCAUCUAGAAGACUAGAAGUAUGGGAACUGCUGCUACCGCCAUCAGCGAGGUACUGGGAAGGGAGAGGAACCCGGAGGAAGCUGAAUUCCAAGCUUGGUUUCUAUCUCCCAACCUUGAGGACAAGGUGGAUGUUUAGGGGGGGAGUAUUGAUAUGAAUCAGGCCCAUUAGACUAAGAAUAGAAAUAAUAACAACAAUAAAUGUAAAGACAGUAUAAAUAGCUUGGAAAGGGGAGUUAGUAGUAGGCUUUUUGACUCUUUGUCUUGGGACUUGGGAAGACUGAGACUAAUAAUCUCUUUUUUUGGGGGGCUACGGCUCAUUGGGGGCUUCGGCCAUUGUUACGGAACUGUUCUUCUUCAAUAAGAUUACAUUUGUGUUGCUUAAUAUCUUCUGUGAAUUUUCUGUACAUCGAGAGCUUGUUCUAACAGGUAACUAUGCAUGUAAAAAACUACAUUUAUAAGUACUGUUUUGCAAGUAGUAAUCUUUGAUUGUUGCACCAUUGCUCUAGUUUUCAAGUUCAUAGAGCCUCCAGUGAACAAUGAAAAACGUAAUCAGAAAAGCAGGGUGAAAUUCAAAAUCACGAGCAUCAAGGUUAAAGGAGAGCAGCAGUAUAAACCAAAUCUGUUUGAAGAUCUAAGUAAUCAAAGAGCUAAGGAACAGAUACUACAGGUUGUUUUUCUUGAUGCGGAACGUCGUUCUCCUGCUUUGAAGAAACUACAGCGCCAGUUGGCUGAGGCUGCUGCUGCUGCUGAGGCUUGCAAAAAGCUAAUGGAAGAUGCAAGUCAGAAGUUUAUUGGCGAAGGACUUGUGGCAGAUGAAUGGAAAGAAAGAAGAGAGAGAUACCUAGCUCAAGAACGCAUCGGAUCUGUUGAGUCAAUAUAAAUAAUUUGGUGGUUCCUUCAAUCACUGCUAUGCUCUAACUGGAAGAAUGUGCAUAUAUUGUAGCCUGAUGCAUAUACUCCAUUAAGUAACUAUGAAGAGAGACGAUUAUAAUGCCCUUGUGUCAUUUAAUCACGUUAUUUUACUCUUGCUACUAAUGUGUACUUUGCAUAAAAUGGCAAUAGUUGAUGGUAGUGUGUUUGUUAUUUUGUGGAUAAUUGGACAUAUGGAGUUCUAACCAGCUUCACUACAGCAGUAUAUAUGUACAUGCAGGGCUUCAAAAUUCUAAAUGGAAGAAAAAGGUAUGUCUCAUAGAAGGAAUUAUAACUUGGCAAGGGAAAAUUGCAUUAUUUUGUCCUCCCAUUGUUCUUUAUCCUAGAAUCUAGCCAUAUACAUUGUCAAUUUCGUGGAUUUUAGCCUUUCAAUGAUUUAAAAGGUGAACAAAUAGGCCCCUCACGUCUUAGUGCUACUUACUAAUGUUACUGUUUGGUGAUUCCACUACGAUCAAAGAGUGACAAAUUUAGUAAUCUACUUUAUAAGCAUUUGAGUGAUUAGAUUGCAAGAUUAGGAAUAAUAAUAGUCUGUCAGUUUUCCUUUAUACAGGAGUGUGGUCUUGUAAAUACGGUUUCAUUAUUUCCUUUAAUCAGGAUUUGGAAACAGAUUACUUAGCAACCUAAUUGAUAGUGCUGCAGUUAUGGGUGCGUUUUAACUUGUAAGCAGAUAAUCUCGAUCCGGUGCGUUUGUUUUAAUUGUUUAUGUGUUGAAAUGAAAUUGAUGAUAAAGCCGCCAGAUCACCAUUUAUUGCAUAAUAACGACAAAAGAUGUCCACAAAAGGCCGGCCAUCCUUCCAUCAUCAAUCGGCCGCUAGAAUUCCUCCAAAACCAUGUCUCUUCUCUCUUCGCCAACAAAACCACUCUCUGUCUUUAGAGCCAAACAAUUGCCAUCUCUAACCUGCUAUAUAUAAGGUCUUCUUCCACCAUUUUUAUCCACUUCCAAGUCUUGAAAAGAAGAAAAAAUCUUCAAAAGUAUACCUUGGUACGUCAAGAUGAGCUACAUUAGCAGAGUAUGCAUGGCGGCUACUGUUGCAGUGAUCGAAACGACACAAAGGGAAAAGUGCCCAUCAAAGUAUUACACAGCCUUUCGGACGGUGCGGCCAAGUAGCACCAGGACUGGCGGCAGCAGUGAGGUAGAAGUUGAUGAGUCUGUCCAAAAAGUGAUGCUUAUGAACUGCUGGACGCAGAGCUAGCUUGGGAAGAAAAUUUUGAAUUGAGUGGAAGUGCUUAAUUAUAUAUAAAAAAGUACUCCAUAUUAAAACGACAUACAUGUCAUUAAUAAAGUAUAAAAACGAUCUUUAAUUUCGUCAUUCCAGCUCAAAAGUACUAAAGCCUUACACUACUAUUGUUAUUUUCAUUUCAUUAUUACUA